CGCUACGACGCUACGAGCUACGGCUACCUGCUACGAAAAGACCUCCCGGCAUGAGCGCCCCCCCGCCGGGCGCGCGGCGCGCGCUGGUGUGCGCGUGCGCCGCGCUGCUGCUGUGCGCCGCGCGCGCCGCGCCCGCCUCCGACAAGCGCGCCGAGAGCGAGUUCAUGUCCCCGAUGCCGUUCGUGCUGGGCUCCCGCUACGGCCGCUCGCAGCCGCGGCUCAUCGCGCCAAGGAAUGACAGGUUCUUCAUGGGCAGCCGCUACGGCAAGCGCUCGGAGGCGCCGCUCGGGCCGCUCCCGCUGGCGCCGCCGCCGCCGCCGCGUACUCUGCUGUGCGACUACACCGGCGUCUUCCAGCUCUACCGCUGCUCCUACACGCACCACUCUUAUGACAACAGCAACCGAAGAGCGGACGACGACAGAGAGCUGGGCGACGACGAGUGAGCGCCGCCCGCCCCGGCCGCGUAAUACUACAAUCGACGAUGGAUAUUACGGGACGCCAUCAGUAUCCCCACAGAAAUAACGGCCACAUACCAAUCUGAUUUUGUAAAUUAAACGGAAAA